CCAUUAGCUUUUAGCGAUGAUAUUCACCUCACUCACCACCAUCAUCAUAUCUGUUGCAGCGAUGGCUAGUGUAGCUGUCGCCUCCGACAACCUGGUAAUAACUCCCCUGGGGCUACCUUGCGGCAACCGUAAUUCGGUAGAGUGCUCAACGGGCAUCAAAUUUUUUAACGACGACAACGAUUUUGGUUAUAUUUGUGGACCUGAUGGCGUAAUUGAUGCCUAUGAGGCAUGCUGGUGCAAGAAUUGCUGUGUGGUAACCGAUGGCGUCAUCAGCUGCUAGUGAGCCCGACAUGAUCCGUGCCAGAGGGCACGAAGGAGUGGUGCGAUGUAAUGUCAACAAUGUAGCAUGUAUUGAUAUUCUAGGCUCACU